AUGAAGUUCCAAGCAGCCGCCACCAUCCUAGCCACGGCCCUCACUCUCGCCCCCACCGCAGUUUCUGCCUGCAGGUACGAUGACACAGACUGCUACUGGGAGGGCGACGCGCCCUCCUGCCCCAAGCACGCGCCCCCGCCGGGCACAACCAGAGGCCAUAGGCCAGAGCAGUACCUCGCGUGGACGACCGAAAAGCACGACAUCGGGGAUCUCAGAAAUGAGCUCGGCCAGGAUUGCUAUAAUGCUUAUGGCAACUGGUGCUGGAGUGGAUGGAAGUUGCUCUGGUGUAACAAGAAAGAUAAAGUUGAUUUGCACUUUGGCGGUGGAGGCCUCCUUUGGAUGGUUGGGUUGGGAUAUCUCUGGAGUGGUUGGAUGAUGUUGGCUAUUAGGGAGGAGAAGAAGAAGAAGAAGAAGAAGAAGAAGAAGAAGAAGAAGAAGAAGAAGAAGAAGAAGAAGAAGAAGAAGAAGAAGAAGAAGAAGAAGAAGAAGAAGAAGAAGAAGAAGAUAAUAACAGUUAGUAGUAAUAGUGAUAUGAUAGUGGUGAGAGUAUGUCAGAGAUAG